GGGAAAUAAAUCUAAUAAUAACAACAAGCACAAUAACAAUUAUAAAAAGUUUACCUUACUAGGUCAUAAAAAACUGGUUUAACUUGUCUUGCAACUAAAGUUGUAUAUAAAUCAAAUUAAUUCAACUCUCUGCUCUUCGUCCACUUUUUAUCUUAUCCACUUUUUAUUCUCGUGCAACAAAGAAUUUUAGCAAAUGGCAAAGCGUGGAUUAUUAGAGCGCCUAAAAGCUGGCGAAGUUGUUAUUGGCGAUGGUGGGUUUGUGUUUGAACUUGAAAAACGUGGUUACGUUAAAGCAGGACCUUGGACGCCUGAAGCUGUCGUUGAAGCUCCCGAAGCAGUAAAACAACUCCAUCGUGAAUUUUUACGAGCGGGAUCAAACGUCAUGCAAACAUUUACAUUUUAUGCAAGUGAAGAUAAAUUAGACAACAGAGGAAACGAGGCUGCCACCAAAUAUGGUGUUACCAACAUUAACAAAGAAGCAUGCAGAAUUGCUCGUGAAGUUGCUGAUGAAGGCGAUGCGUUAGUUGCAGGAGGUGUUUGCCAAACACCCGCAUAUUUGUCUUCAAAAGGAAAAGAUGCAGUUCAGGCUGUUUUGAGAAAACAAAUUGAAUGCUUUGUUGAAAUGAAGGUUGACUUUAUGAUUUGCGAGUACUUUGAACACAUAGAAGAAAUGGAAUGGGCUAUUGAGACAUGCAAAGAAGCAAAAAUGCCAAUUUGUUCAACAAUGUGUAUUGGACCUGAAGGAGACAUGCACGGAAUAUCAGCUGCCGAAUGUGCAGUUCGUAUGGCAAAAGCCGGUGCUGACGUUGUCGGUGUAAACUGCCACUUUGGUCCAUAUGAAAUUAUUGAAACUAUGAAACGCAUGAAGCAAGGACUUGACGAUGCUGGAUUGAAUGUUUUCCUGAUGUCUCAACCAUUGGCUUACGUUACACCUGAUGCUAAAAAACAAGGGUUUAUUGAUUUGCCCGAGUUUCCUUUUGCACUUGAACCACGUAUUUGCACUCGUUGGGACAUACAAAAAUAUGCUCGAGAAGCUUACAAACUAGGUGUUCGAUAUAUUGGUGGAUGUUGUGGAUUUCAGCCAUACCAUAUUCGUGCCAUCACAGAAGAGCUUGAGCCAGAACGUGGAGUAAAAUGCAAGGGUUCAGUCAAACACGGUCCAUGGGGUCAAGAACUUGCCCUUCAUACCAAGCCAUGGGUGCGAAAACGAGCAAACCGAAAAUACUGGGAAAAUCUUAAACCAGCCAGUGGACGACCUUUCUGUCCUUCUUGCUCCGUACCGGAUGAAUGGGGCGUGACUGCAGGAGACGAGCUUCUUAAGCAACAUAAAGAGGCUACCACUAAAGAAGAACUUGAGGAGUUAGCUAAAAAAGAAUAAAUAAAUUAAAAAAAAAAAAGCAUAUUAUAAAAUUA